CCAUUACUCACAUUAGAGACACAACAAUACUGUUCUCAAUUAGUAUACAAUUUGUAUUAUAGACUCUAUUAUACAAUACAUUCAAUACAUUACUGUUUACAUUACAAUCAAUGACUCACUGAUUGUGUAAUUAAAUAGUAUUGCAUUUGAUUUAAUUGUUGCCAACAUUUGGCUAACAAUUGAUGAAUAAUUGCAUUCAAAAAUCAACUUAAAAUUGACAUCAAAUUAUAUUUAUUGUUUUUAAUCAUUUAUUUGACUUUUUAGUGUAUAAUUUAUAUGAUAUGAUAUUAUUGUUGAUUAAAAAUGAAUAAAAAUUAUGAGAAACGACUUUUACGGACAUUAAACCCAUUGAAUCAACAAAUUGUUAACACAUUUGAUAACAACGUUUCAAACAUAACACCAAUUAAUUCGCCGUCAAGAAAUGCAUUUGACUCAGUGGUCAAUAGCACCGAGAGGUACAGCGAUCGGUACACUCCGAUACGGGAAUCACCCAAUUGGGACAUUAGGUUCACUUUGAUUCAGGAUGGAUCCAAAUCAGUGUCGGCAAAGAAAACGGCCAAAGAAUCAAUAUCUGAGAGCAAUAAGGAUGGCAUAGCAUACCAGUGCCUCUUAAAGAAUGAAUUACUUGGCGCUGGUAUUGAAGACAUGAAAGAACAUACAGAAGAAAGAAAAAUAUUUUUACCACUCGAAAGCAAAAAUCUAUUUCGUUAUCGGGUGAGAGAAAGUGAAAGUUUGAAUGAGCCGACCAGUCCUUAUUCAUUGUCACCCGUGAGCAGCAAAAGUCAAAAGUUGUUGCGUUCGCCACGAAAAACGGCCCGAAAAAUAUCAAAAAUUCCUUUCAAAGUACUCGACGCACCCGAACUUCAGGACGAUUUUUAUCUCAAUUUAGUCGACUGGUCUUCAACUAACAUAUUGAGUGUUGGUUUAGGCACUUGUGUUUAUCUCUGGAGUGCCUGUACUUCUCAAGUCACACGUCUUUGCGAUCUCGCAUCUGAUGGCGAUUCUGUUACAUCUGUCUCUUGGGCUGAAAGGGGUCAUUUAGUUGCGGUCGGAACUCAUCGCGGGUUUGUUCAGGUCUGGGACGUAACGGCUAAUAAACGUCUGACUACUCUUGAAGGACAUACAGCACGUGUUGGGGCAUUGGCCUGGAAUGGAGACACACUGUCAUCUGGCAGUCGUGAUCGUCAUAUUUUACAACGUGAUGUCCGCACUGUUCCACAUCAAAGUGAGAGACGUCUUGCUGGACACCGACAAGAGGUUUGUGGCUUAAAGUGGUCACCUGAUAACCAACAUUUAGCAUCGGGAGGAAAUGACAACCGUUUGUUUGUGUGGAAUACAAGUAGUUUAACACCUGUUCAAACGUAUACAGAACACUUAGCUGCUGUUAAGGCAAUAGCCUGGUCACCCCAUCAUCAUGGUUUACUUGCCAGUGGUGGCGGUACUGCCGACCGCUGUAUUCGCUUCUGGAACACACUUACUGGUCAACCGAUGCAAUGUGUAGACACCGGUUCUCAGGUGUGUAACCUUUCGUGGUCUAAACACGCAUCAGAGUUGGUCAGCACUCAUGGAUAUUCACAAAAUCAAAUACUUGUUUGGAAAUAUCCAUCACUAGUACAGGUGGCCAAACUUACCGGUCAUUCAUAUAGAGUCUUAUAUUUGGCCAUGUCUCCCGAUGGCGAGUCUAUAGUGACCGGUGCUGGCGAUGAAACGCUUAGGUUUUGGAAUGUGUUCAGCAAAACGCGGUCACAAAAAGAGGCCAAAUCUGCUUUAAAUUUAUUUUCAAGUAUCCGAUAAUAUAGAUUAUGAUAUAGUGUUUUAUAUAAAAC